AUGAGUGGAGCAUCACCAGAGCAGCACGUUAUUGCUGCUCGCUCGCACGAGGUGCAUGUAAAUUUCUCCAACGAUGAAUUGGAACUUCCUCAUGCAGCGAUCGCGGUGGCAUCUGACAGUGGUGGUGCUCCCCGCAUGUCUAGGCGGAUUCAUUUUGUGGACGAUGGGAAGCUCUUUGAAGGGCAUUUGACCGUGCAGCCGCGUAGCCUGAAGCUUAUCAUUCAGCAUCUUCUCGACCACGCGGCGGAGCAAGCGGUGGUGGUCCGCGAUCUCCAGGACCAGGUGAGCAACCUGCAAUCGAGGGUUGUCAAGAUGAAUCGCGUCACCUUUUCGUCGCUGCCCGGUGGCAAAUCGCAGCCCGAUCCGGUCUCCGCCUCCGAAGACGUCGAAAAGCGCUUAAAACUACUCGAAGGGUUCAUGCAACUGUGGGGGGCGCAGCCGAAGGAGGUGCUCGAGUUGAUCGAGAGUCAUGGUGAUCCGGUGUUGAUCCCAAACCAGUACACCUCUUACUUAUUGGAUUUACCCGCCUUUCGGACGACGCGGCGGGAGGCUCGGACGUUCGCGGUAACGGCGGCCGCCUCCAAACCGUCAGGUGUUGCGAACCCUUCCCUUGCCAGCGCGGUGGGCAGCACGGGGCUCCUCCCGCAGCUUUCCAGCCGCUCGCGGAGCGCGUCGAGGCGACGAGGGGGCGACGAAGACGCCUUUGCCGCCGCCACCCCCACCCCUGCUGGAGGGGUGGAAAAAUCCGACGCGAUCGCGACCCGCGCGAUCGAAACCGCCACGGAGGCCCUUCAGCGGCUUCAGGAGUUGGAGGUGCAGUUCUACGCGCAGGCGAAAUCCCUGCCGGAAGGCGGGGGAGUGGUAGGGGGAGGGGGAGGGGGGGGGGAGGAGCAUUUUGGCAGCUCGAGAAUCGCGCCGCCGCCUCGUCCGGAGCGCCCUGGGGCGCACCCCGUGGUCGACCUUCAGGCCCGUCAGUAUAUCGAGGAGGUCGGGGAGUACGUCACGCGGCGGUUUGAGGAGUUGGAGGCUCGUUUGGAGCGGGGUGUGGGAUCGACCGCAGGGAACGCGACGCGAUCCCGCGGGGUUCGAGGGGAGGCACCAGUUCCCGCAGGAGAAGGGAAGUGCCCACGGCUCCAACCCCAAGCCCUCGCGCCCAACGCCUCGACGCUCCCGCUCUUAUCAGGUCCCCCGAAGGAGGCCUUUGGGGAUGCAGGGGAGCGGGAGGAUGGGAAUGCUUCACUCGAAUCCGUCGAGCGGCUGGAGCGCGGCGUGGAGAAGCGUUUUAGGGAGAUCAAUACGAUCAUUCAGAACCUCAUAGCUCAUGUGAUGGCGAACACCCAGGAAAACCAGAAGGCCACGACCGGAUCCUUCUCGCCGCAACACGACUCACAACCGAACGAGGAGGGCGAGGGUGGUACCACCACCAUCUUAGGCCGACGAAAACAUCGACCCUCACCAGGUGGUCGGCAAGAGAAUGCCAAGACGGAGCGAACACCCGCCGGCAACACCAGCGGCGCGACGGACUUAUGGAGCUCGAGGACUAACGUCAACACGCCUUUCCCUAUGACGGCGGGUAACCCGAACACCGCGAUGAUGCCCUUUUCUCGAUCGACGCCCACCCUGGCGGAUAAAGGGGUACGGGAGGACAUGGUUGUGCUGCAGGAUAGAGUCUGCGAGCUAGAGGAGUCGUUUGCAAAGCGGUGGCAGUCCUUUGAGGAGCGGCUUCGGAUUAUUGGUCGCGCGUCUAUGAACCGACCAACGCCGGUUUCGACCUCUUCGAUUGAUCGGAAGAUACGCGAGGACGUCUCAACAUCUUUAAUGCGUAUUCAGCAUCUAUCGCGAGAUGUCAUGACGCUGCAGCGGCGAUUGGAUUUGCUCACCGGUGCCGCACCUAACACGCAUGCGGGGUUGAACGAGGGGUUCACCUUCUCGCAUGAUGACAAGACCGAUAGGACUCUGCACGAGGACGCGCCGAACCCGUUUGUUGAGACGCUGCGGGAUAACUAUAUCACCCAAAUCGACAGCAUGGAAAAGGAGGUUCAGGAGCGCAUAACGAAGGUCAACCGCGCCAUCGCCUUGCUCAACAACGGGGCCCCCAACGGCGGUUCGGCCAACCGCGCUUUAGAAGGCAACCUCGACGGGGCGGCUGCAGAGCGGUUGCUCCAUGCUGCCGCGGAGAAUGGGGUCACCCCCGCCCUGGCGUCUCAUUCGGGCGGCGCCCGCCCACCUUCCUGCAUCGUGCUGCAUUCCACUGAGGAGGGGGAUGAGGCUGGGGAAAGCCAACCCAUGUCCUUUGUCCGGCCCUCGAAUUCGGGCUCCAAAGCCGCGUCCGAGUGGCUGCGGUUUUCGAAUGCCAAACCCAACGCUUACCUCUCUUCGACUAGGAUGGUGGGUUCAUACCCGACCGGGGUUGGCAUCGACAAGUCGGGCGGUACCGCUUCUCGGGCCCUUGCUUCCCACCGACUGCGGCCUCCAGACGCCGCCAUUUUUGGCAACUCGUUGGUUUCAAGGGAUGCGACUGUGAUGGGGUCCUCCACCACAGGAAAGGCCUUGGAUGGGGUUGAUUCAAUAUCGGCGACAAAAACGCGAUCGCCCACCACGUCUCCACCAAUGGAUGGGAUCAGUGGGGUACGGAUAGGGGCUGCAGCGCAGGAUGUUAUAGAGAACGCCGGUUUUGUGGCUUCCUCCGCAGAUGCCUGGGAAGGUCGUUCGAUGACUAAUCUACCAAUCUUAAUGUCAUCCCCCUUUGUGCACACCAAGCCCUGCGUAGUGCUGAACUGCGUGUGGUGCGCGCAAGAAGUAUCAUAA